UUUUUACUUCAUUUAUGUAUUAAAUAAAACCAAGCUGUAUCAAAUAAGGAUACCUAUAUUUCUCAUUUUAAAAUUUCGAGUUAGAAACAAAGAUACCGUUACAGAUAUGGGUCGCCGUAAAUCCAAACGUAAACCUCCCCCUAAACGGAAAGCAAUUGAGCCUCUGGACCAGCAAUUUAAUUGUCCAUUUUGUAAUCAUGAAAAAUCAUGUGAAGUGAAAAUGGAUCGAGCCAGAAAUACAGCACGAAUACAAUGUCGAGUUUGCUUAGAAGAUUUUCAAACAACAACAAAUGUUUUAUCUGAACCUAUAGAUGUUUAUAAUGACUGGGUAGAUGCUUGCGAAACGGCAAAUUAGAAUAAGUUAGUUAUAAUUAAGUGUAAACUAUGUUACAUCUCAUUUUAUAUUUGUAAUAUAAUAUAAUAUAAUCCAAUAUACCAUAUAUCAGGGGUCACCAAUUAGUUUCGCUCAAGGUCCAUUUUCAGGAUUGAACCUGACCUUCGCGGUCUGCACAUUUAAAAAAAAAAAAUUAUUUAUUAACCCCUCAAUUCCCAUGCGGCACCAUAGAAAUUGAAACUCUACUUGUGUCUGCAAUACCCACAAUGGAGGUGUAUGCCAAUACAUUGUCUCAAACUUUUCAUUAAAUUUAAAUUUAAUCAUCAUUAAAAGUCCCUGAGUGCAGCAGUGAGUCUUCAGAAAUAAUUGUUAUGUAGAGUUUCAUUAAAUGUUCAAAAUUUAGAUCAUAUAACUAAUUCAACUCCAAGGCAAUGCAAAUGUGGCAUGGCAAUUAUUGUGAAUAACUUGUAGUAAUUUAAUGUAACAUAAUAUUUACAUGAAACUUUUGGAGUCAAGUGUCUCAGGACUCAUGAAUAAAACUGACCUUACUGA